AUGUCGCAAACAUUAGGACCAAGUCCGAGCUUACACGACCUCCAACAGCAAAUCAGCCUCAAAACUUCGGAAUUGCGUACCCUACAGCGCGAAUACGGUACUCUGCUUCAGAGCCUCGAAAGACAAAAGACGACAUGCGCCACGCUCGAAAGAAAGCUCGAAAUCAACGACGGAGAGGUCAUCCAUCUCAUGGAUGAGAAGGACAGGCUGUCAGCACAAGUUUCGACAAUGGAAGGUCAAAUGGAAGAGCUACAGCAGAGUAGGGAUGAGGCUCGGCAGCAGCUCAUCGCUAACGGAGCACAAUACAUGCAAAUCAUGGACAUGGCCAACCGGCUCCAGGCACAAAGCACCGAAGAAAAGAGGGCAUGGGAAGCUGAGAAAGCCGGGCUCGAGCAACGCAUACGUUUACUGGAAGAAGCUAUGGUAGCUGGAACUGAGACGUCGGUGUCGGUAUCAGACACGGAACAACAACCUGGCAUCACUCCGGAUCCAUCGCCCGUCGACUUUACACACAGUACCAACAUUUCGGUCUCCCAGAGAGAGACCAUCAUCGUCCUCCGUGCUGAGAUCAGUCGUCUUCGCGCUAGAACCCAGGCACUCGAAGCGGCUGUGCAGACUAUGCGGCGCGAAAGCCUCUCUAUCCAGACAGCCGCACGGCAAAUACUCGAGUCCAGUGGGAAGAUGGACGAGACCUUAACUGAGGUAGGAGGUGGUCAAAGGUGA